AUGAUAGAUAUGCUAACCACUAAUGAUUCAAUUUCCCUUUCAGGUAUUCUAAGAGAAUACAAGCUUAAAAGUCGAACGAUUGUGUUUGAAAGAAUAAUCAGGUAUCCAAGGCAUAGUGCUGUAAGUCUGUUCCUCCUUCGAUAUGCAUCAAUUAAUUUUGGGUUUCUUGUUAAUGUUGAAAUGUAUCCUGUUGAUACAAAUCCAAUUCUUUUGUAG